GUUGUACCCUUCGCUAUAAAAACGCAGCAACAAGGGUUUUAAAGGGGGAUUCUGGCUGCCAAGUUGGGAGAGCUGAGGGCCGAAGGAGGUAGGAGGAAGAGCCUGGGCUACGUGAGACUGUGCGUGACUGUUCAGCAAGGCUUGUAGCAAUGGUUUGCUGAUUCCCAGUUUAAUCUAUGGCAGCAGCACAAUGUUAAAUUGUUGGAGAAAGAAAUGGUGUAAUUCCAAAAUUGGGCGGAAGGUGGAUGGGUCCUGAGUUCCAACGGCUAGUAGGAGAGAGGUAUGAAAAAGGAAAGAGCCCCAACCAAGCGAAGUCUGCUGCUUCUCUCUGGAGCGGACUAAAAAGUAACCAAACCAAGCGUUGAGAGCAAAUUAAAUUAAAAUGGUGGAGAGAUUUGGUGAGGGAGAAGACGAAGCGUUCUACGAAACGAUCGAGGCCCCCAAGUUCGUUGAUUUCACCUCUCCUCAUCAUUACCGCCCCGACGAUCGCUACUGGUUCUGCCUCCGCGUGGGAUGUGAACAACAACAUGAAGACGGGAUGGACUCUGAGAAAAUCUACAAGGAUUUCGUUCUCCGGGUCAUGGCUGCCAGAAGUCCCAAUAUAAUGCUUCAAAAGGCACUCACCAGAAGAAAUGCUUCCAGAAACAUCAAGUGCCCAAUGUCAGUUCCUUCAAAAUUUUCCAACCCAAAGCUGCUGCCGGCCAUUUCUAGGAAAUUGGGAUAUGAGGAAGUUAAACCUCCUGCAAAUCCCAUCUCCACCCCAAAGCCCAAAAGAAGGCAAGUUGCAGCAAAAUACCUCAACACCACCCCAAGGAGCAAAAAGUGUCUCCCGGGCGAUAGCCCAAGUGUUCAACGUACCACAGAUGCAUCCUCACACAAUCGGAGAGCGGGGAAGAAAUCUGUUGAGUUGAGUACUCCCCUUACAAAUCUGUGUGAAGGGAUGAAGAGGCUUCAGAUCACAUCUCACAAGAAGAAGCCUUUAGCGAACCACCCCGCUCAAGGAAAGUCAAGUCCACUAGCUAAUGCAAUAGAAGUUAAAAAUUCCAAAAAGAAUAAUACAGACUCCAGGGCUCAAGAUUCCAAAAAAAUGAAGAUUUUCAAUUCUGCCAAGUGUAAUACAGAGUGCAACUUGAUGGGGAUAGAAGCUGUGGAUUUAUCUGGUGGGAAGCACAUGGAUCCAAAAACAGAUGAUCCUCCAAGCAGUUUAGUUCUCGAAUCAAAUGAAAAUUCAGAGAAUGUACAAGACCUCAACUGUCAAUCUGAAGAUUUCCAACCACUAUCCUACGUGGAAUAUCAUGAAAUAGAAUCCACAAAAGAUGAUAACAAAGAAAAUGCUGUAUAUUCUGAUGAAAACAGAGCAUUAAAUGAUGAUGACAACAUGCAGAUCAAAAUUCUGGGUGAACGGAUAAAUACCAUAGAAAAGGUCGCUCAAACUGGGGAUAAAAAAAUUAAAGAUUUCACCAUUACUACCGCUGGUGUUCGUCCCUCAGGACUUAAAUUAAAGAAAUCGAAGCCUACAACCCCCAAGCCUUUCAGGCUACGAACUGAUGAAAGAAGCAUUCUCAAGGAAUCUAACUUUGAGAGGAGAGGUCAGCAUCAAGACCACUUACAUAGAGCAGAUACUCGAGACGGUGUGGGAAAACCACGAAAGAGAGGCCCUGAUGCUAACAGCAAAGGAAGCGCCAACGAAUCUGCAGACUCUAAUGGCAAUUUGAUUAAAGAGGCCAGAAGAACCAACACGUCUCAGUGCAGUGUAGGAUCAAAGAUAGUCAAAGCGACAACAAAAAUACCUAGUAGUGCUUCCACAGUAAGGAAGGUUGAAUCCACACUGGAGAAAAAACAAGUUAUGUCUCAAAGGUCUUGUUGUACAAAACACACAAUAGUGAUUUCUGGUAUAAAACUUGCAACCAUAGAUGAGAGUUGUUCAAAAAGGACCAAGACAAGAGGGGUGAAUGACAAUGGUGGUGCUAUGGCCAUUCAUCAACACACAACUUCAUCUCUGAGGUCAUUCUCACAGAGAAGAAGACGACAAGUGACCGACGACCAUCCUCCCCAAGGAGGAGGAGCCCACUUCCAUACCAGCAGUCAUGUCCCAAAGAGUUGCUCCAAAAAGAUAUCAUGAUAUUAAUCCCAUCUUGUGUUUGGUCAGUUGUCUAUUGAAAUGAUCAGAGAACCAGAAUUAUGUGAUGUUCAUAUUAAAUUGGCUCUUAACAUACUGUAUCGUUCUAUUUAAGAGAGAAUGUUGUUUUCGAUGAAUUCUGGUGGCAAAUUAUAUGUACAACCAGAAUUUUUGUAAUCAAUUGCAAGUUCUAGAAUAAUACUUAGGUUGGGUAUUUCAUUUAGCUUUCUCUUCCUGCGUGCUUCUACGUUACUUGCCG